AUGGGUAAUCAUAUGGCAAGGAAUUUAUUGAAGAAUGGUUAUCCCUUGGUAGUAUUUGAUGUUAGUUCUGAAUCUACUUCUGCUUUAAAAAGUGAUGGGGCACAAGUGGCUAGCUCCCCGGCUGAAGUUGCCAGUGCUACCCAUAGAAUUGUUACAAUGUUACCAGAAAGCUCUCAUGUACAAGAAGUUUACACGGGCUCAAAAGGAAUUUUCAGUGCUAUUCAGGAUAAAAGUUUAUUAAUCGAUAGCAGUACUAUAGAUCCUAGUGUAUCACAACAUAUAGCAGGGGAAGCACAGAAAGGUGACUCAGUUUAUCUUGAUGCACCAGUCUCAGGGGGUGUAAAUGCAGCUAGAGAUGCUUUACUCACAUUCAUGGUAGGGGGACCAGAAACACACUUUAAUCAAGCAAAAGAAUUAUUAUCCUUGAUGGGUAAAAAUGUUGUCCAUUGUGGAGCGGUAGGAACAGGGCAGGCAGCAAAGAUCUGUAAUAACAUGUUGCUGGGUAUAUCAAUGAUUGGAACAUCAGAAACGAUGAAUCUGGGAAUCAAAUUAGGACUGGAUCCCAAAUUAUUAGCGUCAAUAUUAAAUAUGAGCUCUGGUAGAUGUUGGUCUUCAGAAGUAUAUAAUCCUGUACCUGGUGUUUUAGAUGGGGUACCCUCUAGUAAUCAGUAUAAAGGUGGUUUUGGAACAGCUCUCAUGACAAAGGAUUUGGGGUUGGCUCAAUCAGCAGCAAUAAACAACAAGAUUCCUACACCAUUGGGUUCCAUGGCAUUACAGAUAUAUAGAACUUUGUGUAAUAAAGGAUAUGGGGGUAAAGAUUUCUCAGUGGCUUAUCAGUUUCUACAGAAUGAAGAGAAGAAAAAAUAA